UCGACAUUUCAGUCUUCGCUCGCCUUCCUCGGAUAGAUAAAUCCGGUGAUGUGAUAAUGACGCGUCUGAUAAGGUCCGCGGGUGCGAAAGCGCUUGAGGUUGGUGCGUGAAUGUGCGUGAUAAGUGAUCGAUCGGGAGCGGCGAUGCACAAAAAAUGACGUACAUAACGGCCGCCCUUACCAUCGUCGUCACGUUAGCCUGGUGCAGGGGGGACUACGCCACCACCUACGUCAAGGAGAACACCUCCGUCGUGACCUUGAAGCAGGGGCGCGUGAAGGGGGUGGUCGUGGCGUUCCGUACCAACCACAAACUGCCGCCGGUGGAGCAGUACAAAGGGAUCCCCUACGCCGAGCCGCCUGUGGGAGAGUUCAGAUUUAUGCCUCCGGGCAGCGCUCCGGGCUGGGGGAGCAGCAUCAAGUACGCCAACACGUUCGGACCCGUCUGCCCCCAAAGGUUUCCAGACACCCGCAAGAUGACACCCGAGCGAAGGGCGGAAUUCUUCAGACACCAGCAAUACUUGAGACACCAGAGCGAGGACUGUCUCUACUUGAAUAUUUACGCGCCGUACAGGGGUAAGUCGAGGAGUCCCCGGAGCUACCCGGUGAUGGUUUUUAUUCAUGGGGAAUCGUUCGAGUGGAACUCCGGGAAUCCGUACGACGGCAGCGUGUUGGCCGCCUACGGCAAAGUCAUCGUCGUUACGCUGAACUACAGACUGGGCGUUCUUGGCUUCCUGAAAGCGAGCACUGACGAAUUCACUUCGGGAAACUUCGGACUGGUCGACCAGAUAGCUGCUCUGGUUUGGGUCAGGGAUAAUAUAGAGGCUUUUGGCGGCGAUCCCAACACUGUUACGUUGUUUGGACAUGGAACGGGCGCGGUCUGUGCCAGCUUACUCAUGCUCAGUUCGAUGGUUUUGCAGGACAACAAAACCCACUUUCAGCGCGUGAUCCUCAUGAGCGGCUCCGCCCUCUCCGACUGGGCCCUCGUCAGCAACCCCCUGCACGUGAGCUACCAAGUGGCCCAAACUCUGAACUGCCAGAUGCACGACAAUUUCGGCGCUUGCCUCCGCAAGAAGCGUCUCGACGAUAUACUCAGCGCCGCGACGCUGCCCUCCUACCGCACCCGUUUCGGCCCCGCCAUCGACCACCAGGUCAUCCCCAACGACCCCAAGAAGCUCAUGACGACCUAUAACGAUAUGUUCCGGAGGUUCGAGAUGAUGUUCGGCGUGACCGAACUGGAAAGCCUCCACCUGCUCCCAGCCGAUGCACUCAAGUUUGGCAUGCUCGAGCGGGAUCGCGAUGACGAACUGAGGCGCUAUCUCAGGUCGCGGUGCGAGAUGAAGCCCGAGCUGUGCGUGACGCGGACGCUGGCCGAGUACACGAAUUCGGAGUUCACGAUGGACGAAGGGUACGAGAGGUACUCGGGCAAGGAGCCGGACAGGGCGUCGCUGGCGAGGGACGCGCUGCUGGACAUCCUGUCGGACGCCCGGACCGUGGCGCCGAUGGUGCAGAUGGGAAAGUACCACUCGGAGCUGAACAAGGGGUCGUACUUUUACGUGUUCACGCACAAGACGCUGUCGAGGGAGUACGUCAGAAACAAGACUUACACCGGGGAAGAGUUGCCAUACGUAUUCGGAGUUCCAUUAGUCGGUUCUACGUAUCACCAGUACACGGAAAGAGAGCGGCUCUUCGCUGAAGUCGUCAUGACGUACUUCGCCAAUUUUGCCCACACGGGUGACCCAAAAAUGCCACGCAAGAGCGAAUAUUACACGUUGAACAGCAGCGAAUGGAUUAAAUUCGACGUUGAUUGGCGCCCGUUCGAUUCGAACGAGCAGUGGUAUUUACAAUUAGGGAUUCCGCCCCGCCGCUUGAAUUAUUACAGACACGAGCAAAUGAAAUUCUGGAACGAAAUUAUUCCGAACAUCACUUCGAACAGCAGUACUUACGAUUCUAAGCCGAUGCAGACGCCGUCUUUCACGCCCCCGAAGAGUCAGCCGCCGUGGAUCCUCACCCACCCGGUGGGGAAGUCGACGUAUAUAGAUCGCUUCGAGAAUUUCCACAAGCCGUACGUUCCACAUCAAGGAGUCAUUCGGAUCACCGGCACCUCGGCUCCCGACAACAUGAUGGGAAACGUGGUUUAUGGUACGGUCGUGAACUCGCCCGGAAACGUGCCUUCCAAAGAACCAGAAAGCAAGGGGCUUUCGUCGACCGUGACCGUCGCGGUAUGCUCAGUCAUCCUCCUUUUCAACCUCUGUCUGCUCGUGGUUUUGUAUCUGACGUGUCAAAGGAAACGGAAGAUGAGGAACGCCGUUCAGAAGAACGACGAAGCACCGUCGGGCGUGGACGAACCGAACGAAGAUAAACUACUCAACGGUUGCAACAUAAUGAAAAUCGUGAGUAAGUCGGAAAGGAGUGACGAUACCUACGAAGCGGUCAAGUCCAGCAGGAGCGGAAGGUUCAAAAUACCGAGACAAAUGUCCAACAGCACGAUAGACGCUCAUACCAAAGUGAGGGACUGGAUAACCAACGAGAUCGUGUACAAGUAUAGUCCCAGAUUCUUGAGACGACCCCGACAUAGCAACGAUAGCAAAUCCCAAGAAACGAAAGCCCACACGAGUCCGACCAACGAUAAUAAUUCGACGUUGGGGCGAAGCCCCACGAGACCGGUCAGCCCGAACGAACCCCAGAAGAAUCCUCGUCCUCCUUUAUUAAAGUCGUCUAGUAUCCCCGUUCAGAAGAACAAACACCCGGAGAAAGUUUCGAUUGCCAUCGAUGCGACUCCUUCAGGACGUGGUCCUAGCGUGCUCGCUCAACAACCAAUCGAACUCACUAAAUCUUUGGAUCGCCCCAAUUUUGACGCACCGUUACGUCGCUCGUUCACUAUGGAGGACUUUUCCUUGAUUCAAGCCACCACUAAUAAGCAAGAGUUGCGCAAAAGCACGACUAGUAUCAAUUUGAAGUUUCCUCCACACGAAGCCCAGAUCAUUCGCAUCGACCAUUCUCAUUCGAAGUCUGACCCAGUUCAAGAUUUCAACAACACUAAAAGACUAAAGACGUUUGAUCCUAAUUCUGACGUUAGUGUGACGUGCCGUGACGAAGAAGCCGAUAAAAUCCCGUUGACUCCGGAGGAAUCCUUGAUGACCAUCAAGAGAAGGAAUUUUCCGAAGGUGCUUCCGGAUUACCCGUCGAGAGAAGCUUUGGCAAAGAAACGUCGUUCCAUGCCGGUUGCCAAUCACAUGUUCUCGCCUAUUCCAGAGAUGCCGGGGCGAUUCCAGCCCAGUUCUCCCACUCAUAAGACUUUUGGCAAACUGCCACCUGCACCUCCGUUGAGGACUACGUCAACGUUAACGAGAAAACCCACCGGGCAACCUCCGGUUUGCCAGUCGGCGCCGAUGUUAGUCCAAGAACCUCCACCUUCCCCAGAACCGGAACUUACUUGCAACAACUUGUACGUCGGGCCGUUGAUUCCCAGACUCAACAAAACUGAGUUGAGUUCGUCGGAGAGUUCCAAAUUGAAUACGCAACCGAUUUAUGACAAGUUGAGACCGAAGGGUGGUGGUGAGAAAGGAGGGGGUAAAGGUGUGGCUAGAACCAUUAUAACCACGGAUCCGUAUCAACCCAUUAAGAAAGUAGAACCUAAGGUUAUUAUCAAGCCUACCAUGGCGAGGAAUUUGAGUGACCCCAAAAAGCACAUACCUAGGGUGAACCUUAAUGAGAGUUUCUCCGAAGAGGAGACAAAGAGGUUGUUGAAACCAACUCAGAUACCUACACUGAUGAAAGGUAAGGAAGGUUCUAGUUCGUCGUCGACGCCGUCGGACGAGUCCGACACAGGAACCGUCGUGAAAAGGAUGUGACUUAAGUAAGUUGUAGCCCACUCACAUAUGUUAAGCAGUAUUUUGUAAUAUAGCAUUUAAUGUGUUCGCCAUUUUUGUAUGUGCAUAAUUAAAAAAAAAACUGUAA